UGUUACAAGAAGAAAAACGACGAAGCAUUUACCAAGCUUUUGUUUUGAAAUACCACAACCGGAAGUCUCCAAUUGUUGUCAGCAACAGCUUCACGGUGCUAGCCCCUGGUCGGGCGCUUAACGGUUGUGUGGGCUUCUCACUGAAUUUACCUGGACUAUUUUUCAUUGAAACCAUUUGGAGAACAAUGAAUUAAACUGGAUGGUAGCUGAAGUUCGUCCAGUUUAUUGCACAGUGAUCGCACGUUAGAGAGAAAUAUUCCUGGUAACGGAGUGCGUAGACCAUGUCUGCGGAGACGCACGAGCGCACCUCUCCUCCGGCAUUUCACUGCAUGAACAAGGGGUGAGCGUGAAAAACAUGCUUUCUACUCGUGUCUCAGACAGGAGGACAGACAUGCUGUCUCGCAGCGGAAAAAGGUCUUUAUUGGAUGAUAACUUCUUCAGCAAGCUGGCACAAGAGGCUGACAAAGAGGAAGAGGGGUCUGAUGUUUCUGAGGCUGAUCCUAUGGCAUUGCUAGAGAGUAUGAAGGAUACAGAUGACAUGGAUGCUGACCUCUUUGGUUCCAAGAAGGCAAUGAACAGCACAGUAGCUCCAACAGGGGCUACGAGCACUGGAGAUGGAGAUUUAAAAACAGAACAAAAGCCUACAUCCCCAGAAACAGCAGUGCCCCCUGUACAAACCCCAAAGCGAGAUGAACUGACAUUCGAUGAUGAAGAGGAUGAUCUAAUGGACACUCUGGGCUUUGGAGAGAGUCCUAAGAAGAAGGGAGGAACAUCUUCAGGACAGAGAGAGAGCAGCCCUGCACAGAAAGCGCAGAGUAGGCUGGAUGAGAUCCUGUUCCCAGGGAAGACUCCCCGUCCUGAGCGGCCACCCACCCGGGAGAACCACCUGCCAGAGAAGAACCCCCUCACUAAAGACCCAGUUGCUGCAGAAGAUGACUUGAUGUUUGGCUCGUACCAACCCACACUGGCCUCCUCCCUGGAAGGCAGGCAGUCUCGCCGGCAGCCUGUUAGGUUGUCAGCUGAGGAUAUUAGCAGCCCAUCUCCAGAAAAGAAAGGGAUGUCUGCCCCCGCAGCUCCGCCCACUGCAGCGCGCCCCAGUAGGUCUGCAGCUGAUUGGCUGGGGCUGAAGCAGGAAGACCCAGAGGUGAAGAAGGAAGAGCUCUUGCCAGCAAUGGACAGCCCAAAGUGCCGCCCCUCUUCGCCUGGCUGCUCGGCAGGAAGCAAGCGCCUGUCCUCUGGCUCCUCUACUCUGACUGGCGCAAAGCCGCCUGAGAUCCCUGCCAGUCCUAAAACUCUCCAUUCAGCAGCAGGUCCAGCAGGCCCUGCCCAGGCAGGAGAAGAUGAUUGGCUAGCAGGGGCUCUGACUCGGAAAAGAAGCAGAGCGGCACCGAAGCCCGAGGAGAAGCAAGCAGUGCAGCCAGAACUGCUGGGGUGUGGAGAGGAAGCGCACUUAGACUCUUCUGCCAGUAAACAUAACCCACCUGCCUCAAGAAGAAAAUCAGAGGACCACCCAGCUUCAAGCAAGGAGCCCCAGUAUGAAGCAUCCCCGUUGCCCCGAGAGAAGCAGCGUGGGAUGGCCAAACCUCCUCAUCAUUCAGACCCAUUGAAAGAGGACCAGCCCACACCUGCAAUGUCAUUUCCACUUCCACAACAGACAUACAUGGAGAAUAUUUCAACUGCUGUCCAAUCUCAGCUGACACAGCCAGGUCUCAGUGGCACAGACUAUGCUGUGGAGAGGGGCACUCUGUGGGCUCAAAGAGGGGGCAUUCAGCACAGGUCUGGAGAACUGGCCUCUCAAGCUCACCUCAUCCAGCUGGAAACACAGAUGCACAGCCUGCAGCUGGAGCGGGAUCAGGCUGAAGCUGUCCUGCAGACUCUCCAGCGCCGGCACACACAGGACAUGGAGCUCCUAGAGAGCAAGCACAGGGCUAGUGUGAAGCUACUGGAGGAUGCACUGGCAGAGCGGGAAGCAAGGAGGCAGCAGGAGAAUGAGGAGCUCAUGGAGCGCCUGGCCACUGUCACGCGGCAGAUGGAGCAGGAGCGGGUGGAGCUACAGGCCCAGUACCAGCGCCGCCUCACCCAGAUCCAGCAGGAUAGAGAUGCGGAGGUCAAACGCCUGCAGGAGCUGCAGAGGAAAUCCAUAUUAGAGAUGAAGCGGGAUCACGAAGAGCAGGUUCAGAGACUGAAGAGGCUGAAGGAUGAGGAGAUAGAUGCUUUGACCAGCGCUACAUCUCAGACCAGGUCUGUAACCGUGGUGAUGGAGCAGAUGGACCACAUCUCGCGCAGACUCGGUGAUCUGUCAUCCCGCAUGGAGAGCUCCCAGGAGCACAGCGCCCAGGGCCUGGAGCAGGGUGCACUACAGAGGAAAGAGCAGCUUAGAGUCCUGCAGGAGCAUCUGAGCCAGCAGGAAAGGGCGAUGGUGGAGGAGCGGUUACGCCUGAAGGAGGUGAUCACAAAGAUGGAGGCACAGCUAACUGAGCAGCAGAGACAGCUGGAGAAGGAGCGUUGGAGAGCGACAGCAGACCAAGCCAAGGCGGAGUCAGCCCAGAGAGCCCUGGAGGAACAGAGGCGGAGCCUCACCCAGCACAUCACUAUUGAGAGGGAGGAGCUGGAGAGGGCGAAGAGUGCUUUGUUAGAGGAACAGCAGUCAGUGAUGCAGCAUUGUUCAGAGGAGCGCAGGAAGUUGGCGGUGGAGUGGGCACAGUUCCACGCCCAGGAGAAGCUGAGGCAGGAGUGGGCAGAGCGGGAGAGCAGGCGGGUGCUGGAGAGGGAGUCCAGCAGGGAGGGCUCCAUCAUCACCAUAGCACAGGAGCAGGCGGAUCUGCGGCUGCGUGCGGGCGAGCUGAGGCAGCACGAGGAAGCCUUGACCCGGGAGAAGGAGGUGCUGCAGAGGCAGAGAGAGGAGAUGGAGCAGGAGAGGGAGCGGCUAGGCGUGGCUGCAGUGCGCCUGAAGACUCGAGCUCUGGAGCUUGAGAGAUUCAGCAAGCUGGCCUCAGAGAAGUAUGAGGAAGGGGAGCAAGCUCUGCAAGAGGCCAGGAGGGUGGAGUCUGAGCACUCUGUGCGGCUGGGCACCAUCCAUGCUCAGAUGGAGCGUCUGCGACUGCAGGAGCAGCACUUGCACCAGGAGCAGAUGAAAAUAACUGAUCAUCACAGAGAGGUGGAGGGUCUAAGGCAGAGCAUCCCCUCCACAACCCUCCCUCUAUCUUCCACCCCUUUUAUCUCAGCAGACUUUGCUUCAGGGUUUGGCGGCAUGCAGCUGGCACCCCCCAUUAGAGCUCCUCCCCCCAGCUCAGGACUCACAGAGAUGCAGGCCAGACUUGCUGUGAUCAGGAGCACUGCACAGAAGGACCGGGAUUUUCUGCAGGACGAGCAGUUCUUUCUGGAAACACUGAAGAAGGAACCUUACAAUUCUCCCCUCCACACUGCCUGAUGCCACAGGCACCUUGAAGCACCUUUUCCAUAGUCUUCCAGCUGCAUGUUCCAGCUGUGGCCUGGCAGGCUGCAGUGGUGCUCCUGGGUUUCCACUUUUGGACUGGAAUUGAGCUAUGUUUCAAAAUAUGUGUUUCCAAGCAGUCUUUUUUUUAUUCAUUUGAACAGAAGCUUUGUUAGUCUAACUUGAAUUAGCUCACUCCAAUUCCUUAAGGAAGUAUCGCUAGUAUGAAAUUCGAGACUGAUAUUUUACCUGGUUUAAAAAAAUGAAUGGAAUUCUAAGAAUGAGGAAGAUUCUGUUUAUUUCUUGAAAAUACACAAUAUAAUAAAAUCAAAUAACUUGAUGAAAAAUUA